GCAUUCACAUUCAACCGUACACACACCACACACACACGACGUAUAAAAAUAGUCAAUAAUCGACAGCAGAUUUAAUGCAAUAAAAAUGGCGACAACAGGUGAGUCUCGGAGACCGAACAGCACUGGGCAGCCGCCCUUAGUGAAGACUUCCUCUCAAGAUGCUGCCAGGAAGGUAUCCAUGGAGCUGAAUUCCUCCUCAAAACCAAUGUCACCAGACGACAAGACUAAGAAGAGAAACAUUCACGUCACAGCAAAAUACAACAGAAAACAGAUGAGAUUACGUCUCAACAUUGAGGAAUGGAUGGAUGGCCAAUUGCGAAUACUAUAUGAAUGCGAGGAAGAUGAAGAUUACCCUGUAGAAAUAGACAUCGAUGCACUUUUAGAAGAAGGAGAAGGUUUAAACCGGUAUAAAUUUGUAGCAGAUAUUAUUUCAGACGUAAGGAAACCUAAAGAGACAUUCAUAAAAGAGUUAUUACAAAAAAUAGAAGUUUUGUAGUUAUCGUGUUAUUGUGCAUCAGUCAGCCAAGUUCAACGCAGCAACAUGAAACAUGAAAGUAGGCUUGUGUCACAACCUCAAGAUGAGCUGUUCGUCAUGUGUACAUAUACAUCCAUGGUGCAUCUGAGAAUCUUGCCAGCUGGAACGAGGAUUUUGUUUUCUGGUUUUCUGUGCACAUCUCGCUUGUAAUUUACACAGAAUUGUAGUCAUUAUGCAGAUGAUGUCACUUGAAGGUUGCUCAUUGGCCCACCUUGUGUGCUGUGCGUUUCUGUUGUUCAAAGAUGGCGUCAGGAAGUUGUCAAUGCAUGAUGUCUGCUACAGUGUCGCAGAAAACAGAUAUCCAAUGCGCAACAUUUGAUGUAAUUUGUACAUAUAAGAAGCUUGAAGAAUUGGUGUGUGCAUGAAUUUUUUUAUUAUUUCCAAGCCCCUUUUGUAAUGUAUGUACAUGUACAUGUGUAGCUUGUAUAUUAUCCAAAUGACAUCGAGCACAUCCAAAAGCUUAUCAAAUCAGACUUCCGAUUGGCAUCCUGAACAAAGGUAGUGACAAAAUAGGGCUACAUAGCUUAUACAGAUGGAUUCGAAGGUUUAAAAAACCAUCCUAGUCAAUAUCCCGUGUUCGACCUGAAAAUGAAUAUGGGCCCCAUUUCAUGGCUCUGCUUACCGCCGAAUUCUGCGCUUACGAUCAAGAUUCCCCGCUUGACAUGCUAGCGCCGAAUUUCUGCGCUUACCUUGUAAGCAUAGAAUGCCUAGUAUCGUGGAGUCAAACGCGCAGAAGCCCAAAUUUGCCGCUAACCCGUGAAAUACGCUUGCCGUGAGCACAGGAUUCCCUGCUUCGGUAAGCGCCGAUUCUGUGCUUACGGUAAGCAGAGCCAUGAAAUUGGGCCCAGAUCUUUUUCUCUAAAUAAAUAUGUCCAAUCUAUCAGUGGAGAUUGAUACUAGUAUCUGCAUUCCAAAUGUGUUUAUGCACCACAUCGACAAGAGAGUAUCAAUGUACAAUUUUAGCAAGGGGAUAUCUGCUUUUAAAACUUGUGUCACAGUACUAUAUAAAAAAAAGGGGGGGUUUUUUGGAUUUUUUCUCUCUCGCUCUGCGACAGAAUAAUAAAUGACACUGUCAUUUGAUACGGUACACAAAGGGAAGUUUGUCACAAAAAUUCCAAACAGGGAAUCAGAGACUAUGUAUUGUUUGAUUCAAUAUUUUGUUUUAACGGUGAAGUUGAGUCUUUUAGUUUGGAUGCGGCUCUUUCAUUGAGUUUUUUUCUUUUUUCUUGUACGACUUGGGGGGUUUGUUGGCUUUUUGGUUGUGUAUGUCAAGAUCCUAAAGCUGUGAACUUGCAAUGUAUCGGUAAAGAGAUAAUGUUUCAUUUUGUGCAAUCCAAAACAAAUUUUUUUUUAUUGGAGUUUCAAUGCAAACCUGGGGUGAGUUUCACAAAGAGUUAAGACCAGUCUGAUCUCAAGUUAGGACGAGCCUUAAAUUUUCAAUAUCUCCCAGGACUAGUCCUAAGUUAGAUUUUGUCCUUAGUCUUUGUGAAAUCAACCCCAGGCCUGAUACUUCAAGAGGGCAACAUAAGAAUCGCCUCCUCUUGUGAUUGCCUUGGUGCCGUUUGAAAUGAUAUAGAUUUCCAUCAAAUAGCUGCACUGUCCAUGGGAAAAGUACCUUGCCCUUGACUCUGUCAUUGCUCUGUGCUUUAUUAACAUCGGUUUCCCUUAGAAUCAAUACUCAUGGAAUAAUAAUGGUGUUUUUUUGCCAAUUAUAAUAACGGCUCUUAUGUAGUGCAAUUUGGAAGAUAUUAUCAUUGCGCUCUGAGUGUUAUUAAUACCCCUUAGGAAGUACAAGCACAGCCUGCGCUGCUUUGUAUGUAGCGCACCAAGCUGAUUCGAUCACAAGGACCAUCUCUGCCCCCACAGGUAUCCAUUAACCCCAGGGUGAAGAGAAGCAAUCUUUAAGUGUCUUGCUCAAGGACACAAGUAUCAUCACCGGGAUUCGAACCCACACCCCGAUGACUCAACUACCAGAAAUUGAGUCUGAUGCACUAAACUGCUUGGCCAUGACAUGUCGCAUGUUUGGGUUUUUUUUUUGUCACAGUCACAGACCUUUUUUUUAUUAAAAGUCUCUGCAUGCCUUUAUGUGUACUUAUACUAGAUACAGUUUAUGUGUGUGUGAUAAUAGUUUGUGAUUUUAAAUUUUAGUGUUUUGCUGUACAGAGUAAUAAUGUUAUGCUUUUGAGUUAUCAGUUGAUCUUCUUGAUAUGUUUUAAGCAUGUUUUAAAAAAUGGGGAAUACUUUCAGAGAAAGUUUUCAUUUACCAUAAAAGAAAAGCUUCAGUUUCUCUCUAUUUAAAAACUUAUUUUAUUGCUCUGAUUUCUGCAAAGAGAUCCCUUGUCUAACUUCCCUCCUUGUUUGGUCGUUUGUUUGUUGGGGUGUUAAUUGGGGUGCUUGUUGAAUUGGUUUUUUGUGUGUAUUAUUUUAACCUAUCAUUAAAAUCUUAAUGGGGGUUAAAUGAUUAUGAACCCAUUGUCUGAUGUGGACUUUCUCUACUUUAUAUUUAAGCAGAAUUUCUACCUCCAGGUACUUUUAAAAGACUUGUACUGGCUGUAAAAUGCCAUUAGCUUCAGUUGUUCAUAUGGCAAGAACAUUUGAAUGUUGUGCCGAUUUUGUUUUCUUCUCACAGAUACCUCUCAGUGUAAAGUACUUGCCAUUUUUAAUUUUAAUUUUAAAGAGAUUUGUUUUCCACUGUGUGCGGGGGGGGG